AUGAAUGUUGAAGGAAGAAGCGGUAGAGGAAGAUCAAAAAAGAGAUGGAAGGAUGUUAUUGAAAAUUCAUCUGAAUCGAAUCCUAAAAAUUCUAAACUUACCACUAGCGAUGUUCAAACUUCUAAUACAGAAACAAAGGCCGUGGUUGAUCAUAGCAUUUUUGAUAUUAGCAUAUAUGUCGGUAAAAAAUUAACGGAUGCUGAAAAAACUAAUUUUCUAGAAAAUAUAUGGAUUCCAGGUAAGAAUUAUUCAUUUCCUUCUACUGAGCAUGGAAAAAAACUAUUGAAAUUUCAGUAUAGCUGGCUGGAAAAAUGGAAUUGGCUUGCCUAUAGUAAAGUAAAAGAUGGCGCUUAUUGUAAAUAUUGUGUGCUUUUUUCUCAAUCAAAAGGUGGUAAGGGUAGUCAGCCGCUAGGUCAACUUUGCACUGAAGCUUUUAACAAAUGGAAACAUGCUGUAGAAAGGUUUAAUAACCAUGAUAAAGCAAAUUAUCAUCAAAAUAGUAUAAUCGAUUUUCAAUCAAUUACAGCAAUCAUUGCAGGAAAAUCUGACACUGUUUAUCAUCAACUAAAUAAAGCUGAAAAAAUUCAAAAAGAAAACAAUCGAAAAAUUAUCGUUCCAGUAAUUGAAUCGGUGCUUCUAUGUGGACGACAAGGCAUCGCACUUAGAGGUCACCGUGACUCUGGAGUUCUUAAACUUGAAGAUCCCUUAAUAAAUGAAGGUAAUUUUCGAGCAUUAUUGAGAUUUUUCCUAAAGGCAACUGCAAAAUCCGGCGAUGAAAGUUUUUUAUUGGCUAGAGAAAAUUGUACUGAUGAAACAGCUGAUAUAUCGGGUAUUGAACAGUUUGCUUUAUGUGCUCGUUAUUAUGAUAGUAAAACCAAAAAUAUUCAUGAAGAUUUUUUGAAGUUUGUUCCGGUAUAUGAUGUAAGUGGAAAAAGUUUAGCGAACUAUAUAAUUACUGAGUUAAAAGAAUUAAAUAUCGAAGUAGAAAAUCUACGAGGUCAAGGUUAUGAUGGAGUGGCAAGCAUGAGUGGGAAAUUUAAUGGAGUUGCAGCUUUAAUUAAGAAAGAACAACCAAAAGCUUUAUAUGUGCAUUGUAAAGAAAUAACUUUGUGGAACGAUAGUGAUACAUCAAGUAAAGCAAAUCAUCUUCUAUUAGCUAUUCAAGCAUCAGAAUUUAACGUGGCCCUAACUAUUCUGAAUUAUAUUUUUCCAUAUUCUCAUUCACUAUGUAAAUAUUUACAAACCAAAAAUAUUGAUUUAUCGGAGGCUAUGGAACACAUAAGUUUAGUAAAGAACCAAUUAAUGUUUAUAAGAGAAAACGUUACUCUUGAAUUCAAAAAAUUGUAUAAUGAUCUUAUUCUAAGAUUAAACGAUUUUGAAAUUACCAUUAAAAUUCCUAGAUUAGCAUUGCGUCAAAAACACCGCAUGAAUAUUCCAACAGAUAAUGCUGAAGAAUAUUUUAAAAUAACUUUAUUUAUUCCAUUUCUUGAUUCGUUCAUUCAACAACUUAAUGAUCGAUUUAUGAAUCAUAAAAACAUUAUAAGUGGAUUUCAAAUGUUAGUAAAGUGUUCAACAUUCAAUGAAGAAAAUCUCAGAGAACUUGUUGAAUUUUAUGGCGAUGACGUUGACAAUUUUGAUCGUGUAAAAUCAGAAGUUUUAUUGUGGAAUCGUUAUCUAGUUGACAGUAAAAUUCAAUCAAAAAAUGCUAUCGAAAUCUUAAAUAAUUGCAAUCCAGAUUUUUUCCCAAAUGUAUUUAAGCUUUUGCAAAUACUGGUCACACUCCCUGUCACAUCUUGCGAAGCUGAAAGAUCAUUUUCUUCGCUCAAACGUAUCAAAACUUAUUUGAGAAACUCAACAUCAGAGACAAGAUUGAAUGGUCUAGCUGCUCUUAAUAUACACUACAAUAUAGAUGUACAAAACGAAGAAAUCAUAAAUCGCUUAGCAACUUCAAAGCGCCGUUUGGACUUUAUUCUAUAA